AGUUAAUGUGUCACACCUGCAGAGAGGGGAUUAUAAUCCUGACUGCAGCCUUCUACAACAUCUAUAAAAUCCCCCUCUGGCUAAUGCACCACAUGCUAACAAGGCAAAUACAGAGCUCUAAUGGAGGCGAGCAGCAGAGUGAUGGUGCAGGUGUUGUUGUUGGCGUUGGUGGUGCAGGUCACCCUGUCCCAGCAUUGGUCCUAUGGGUGGCUACCAGGUGGGAAGAGGAGUGUGGGAGAGCUGGAGGCGACAAUCAGGAUGAUGGGCACAGGAGGAGUGGUGUCUCUUCCUGAAGAGGCGAUUCCCCAAACCCAAGAGAGACUUAGACCAUACAAUGUAAUUAAUGAGGAUUCCAGUCAUUUUGACCGAAAGAAAAGGUUCAAGGAUUACAAAGAUGAACGGAAAAAAAGACUAUUUUGAAUUGCCAAAUUCAACAAAUCAUCUCAUUUUCUGCACAAAUGUCAGCAAUUUGAA